AUGCAACACGGGAGUGCUUCUGUAUCGAAGUAUUCGAAGGAUUUACAGUGCCGAUCAUUGCAUCGGCUGAAGCGCGAAAGACCUGGCGAUGCACCACAAGUCUCGAAAGGCGUACCUCCAUAUGAAGUUACCAGAAUUGUGGCUACCGUGUCAUCUUCAACAGUACCGGAUUCAAAGAGACCGCGUUUACAUUCUUUUUCCAAAACUCAAUCUGAAAAGUUGGGAUUGAAACUAUCUGGUCGAAUCUCACAUGUGGUGCUGGAAGAGUGCCUGAAAUGCACAGAAAAUGGCGAUAAGUUAGGGGUAUUUUCACGCUUGCGAGAAUUCUUCGGAGAACAUUUGUCUGUUCUCAGUGUUGAUUCAAGGUUGUGUUGUGCUAAACUUUUGAUUCAAAUAGCAAAAGCUUCAAGAAUUGUGGCCAUAACUAAUACUUGUUUACUAUACGCGCUUCAUAUUUGCAAAUCAGUUGACAUGAAGCAAAAUAUAUGGAACGAAAUCGUAGUACUGAUGGCCAAUGAUAAGGAUAAGAGGGAAACAAGUCUAUUUCACCGACCUGCUACAUAUGCAUCAUUGUUAGCACUUUUUGAGUGGGCAUUAUCUGAAGGCUUAAAAAUGGGUCAGUAUAUGCAGCAAAUGAAUUGUAUGGCUGAAGAGAGUAUGCGCUCAACCGACCAAAACAAUCGUAUCGCUGCUGUUAAUCUUUUCGUGACUUGUUUGUUAAAAAGUAAGAUACAGUGCUCAGUACAGGAGUUUCUAUGGCUCGAAAAACUUUUAUCGAAAAUGGCUGAAGAUCGUGAUUCUCGGGUGCGAAUAGCUGCAGUUAAAGGUCUUUCGACAAUGGCUGCCAGUGGUCGUUUACUCAGUUUUUCUAUUUAUCAGCAAGUGAAAAAUUUAUGUGAAAACUCGUCAAAAAUAGUUCGAACAGAAGCAUUGUAUAUAUUAAAACUAUUCGCAGACCAUCGCCCUGAAACGUAA